CUUUCUGUCGUACGCACUCACGCAAGGACACAGACACACAGGGUCCUUUUGAGCAAAUGGUUAGAGACCAGCCCCGCCGGGAGGUUCAGCAGCUUCUGGGUCAGUGCCAUAAUGUCCUUCCCUCGGCCUUCCUGUUUACCCACCGCUUGAAAUGGACAGUACCGCUUCCAGGAACUGUCUUGCCUUCGAAUGAGGCCACCCCCCAACCAGUCCUCGUUUCCCGGCAUCGUGCGAACAACCGAACAGCAACUGAGAGCAGAUGCCAGCAUCCGCUUCUUAGCUCCGAAAGAAAUACGCCGACCCAGUUAGCCUACUAACUGUCAACUUCACAGAAUGAGAUUCCUGGACAUUAUUUCCCUGCUUAUUUACUGCCUCUUUAUUACAACGAUCGCGAUCUCCUCUUCAGAGGCAAGGACGUUUUUAUCUCAGAAUCAUGCUUCAGAGUUUUUGGUCAGAAAACGUCGUGCAAAUUCUUUUGUGGAAGAAAGCAAGCAGGGGAAUAUGGAGAGGGAGUGUAUUGAAGAAUACUGCAAUAGAGAAGAAGCCAGGGAAAUCUUUGAAAAUAACCCCGAAACGGAUUAUUUCUAUCCCAGAUACUUAGACUGUCUGGCUUUAUUCAGAACUGGAAUUUUCAGAGCGCCAUCACUGACUCCAGAUUCUCCAGCUGAUCUGCGGUCCUGUGUAACAGUAAUACCAGACCAGUGUAAACCUUUGCCAUGCAAUGUGGAUGGUUAUGAAGAAUGCAGAGAUGGACAAGCCACAUUUACAUGCAUUUGUAAACCUGGAUGGCAAGGAGAGAAAUGUGAAGAAGAUAUAAAUGAAUGUGAUGACCCUAUAAAUAAAAAUGGAGGAUGUGAUCAAAUUUGUGUUAAUUUUCCUGGAAGCUACCGCUGUUACUGUGAAGAUGGUUAUUAUAUACAGUCAAAUAAAAUGGGCUGCAAGGACAGGAAUGAAUGCAUAUUUUAUCAAAACAUUUGUGGAACAGCAAAGUGCAAAAAUACACCUGGGAAGUAUGUAUGUGAAUGUGAAACUGGUUUCUUCUACAAUUCAACUACAAAGAAAUGUGAAGAUAUUGAUGAAUGUGCUGAAAACACUUGUUCCCAAAUCUGUGUCAAUUCUCCAGGAAGCUUCACUUGCUAUUGUGAUGGCAAGAAAGGUUUCAAGCUUUCCAAGGAUAUGAUGACUUGUGAGACUAUACCAAAUUGUCUCCCUUUGAAUCUUGAAAAAAAUUACGAGUUACUUUAUCUGGCAGAACAAUUCAUUGGAAUCCCUGUUUUGUAUUUAAGGUUUAGAUUGCCAGAAGUUACAAGAUUUUCUGCAGAAUUUGACUUCCGGACUUAUGAUAAAGAGGGUGUGAUACUGUAUGCUGAAACCAUAAACAGUACAGCCUGGUUUCUACUUGCACUGCGUGAAGGAAAGAUUGAAAUUCAGUUCAAAAAUGAGCUUGGGACAAAAGUAACAAGUGGUGGUAAAGCUAUUAAUGAUGGCUUGUGGCACAUGAUCUCCGUGGAAGAACUAGAGCAUAGCAUCAGUGUGAAAAUAGCGAAAGAAGCAGUGAUGAACAUCAAUAACCCAAGUCCUCUUUUCAAGCUUUCCAAUGGCUUUUUGGACACAAAAGUUUACAUUGCAGGAGUCCCUCGCAGAAGGGGCAACAGUCUCAUUAAAUUGAUUAACCCCCGUUUGGAUGGGUGUAUUCGUGGUUGGAACUUGCUAAAUCAAGGAACCUCUGGUGUAAAAGACUUAAUUCAAGAGAAACAAAGCAAACAUUGUUUAAUAAAUGUUGGAAAGGGAUCUUACUACCCUGGCACUGGCAUGGCAAAGUUUCACAUUAGCUACAAUAACAAAUCAGGCAACGCAGAUGAUUGGUUAAUAAAUGUGACAAUGGCUAUCCGUCCAUCCACAGACACUGGAGUAAUGUUUGCCUUGGUUUCAGGUGAAACAGUUCCUCUUGCUUUGUCUAUUGUGGAUUCCAACUUAACAAAUGUACAGGAAAUCAUUGUAUCUAUUCAGAAUGUCAUUGUUGCUCACUUAGAGUCAAGAAAUUUAUGUACCUCAAAAAGAGUGCAACUCAGACUCAAGAUAAGUAGACAGCAGCUUGAACUUACAGCUGAUUCAUAUUCAGUUAUCACCUAUUCAGAACAUCAUCUCUCUAUCCUUGAACAAGCAAUUAAUAAAUCUGUUGAUACCUACCUAGGGGGCAUUCCUGAUGUUCCAGUUGAGGCAACUCCAGUUACAGUUUUUUACAGUGGCUGCAUGGAGGUGAAAAUUAAUGAUAGAGAGUUGGAUUUGGAUGAAGCCAUUUCCAAACAGAAUGACAUUAGAUCCCAUUCUUGCCCACUACUGUUACAACGGAGACCUGAAGUCAUGGAUUUACCUUCUGAUUUUUAAAAUCUACAGGAAAACCCUGGUUGUUCUGCACAAAAUGGAUUGAACUGUAAAUGCUGUUUUAUUUCUGAUAAUCUGUUUUCUGAACA